AUGCUGCGGCUGUUCAAUCGAUUACUCAAUGUCUUGGCGGGUUGUGUCAUUAAUACCAUUCUUUCGGGCCUUUUUUUUUAUUGUCUUUGGUCUAACCAUACUUUUGCAUGUGCGCUAGCGAAACGUGAGUUUAGUCCAAUACACGACACUCGCCGACAGAGCAUGAUACUGCGCUUACAUGGGUCGUUCAGAUAUCCUGUAAAGCUGUUUUGCCCCUUGAAAAGAUGUUAUAGCCAACUUUUGCCUGAGCAGAACCCUCAAAUCUUGACUUUGAAGCCCAUUACGCCUAACGAUGCGUUCGUUAGUUGUACAGUCUUCAACAACCAAGGCGCAGUUUCAGCGGUGUCACGGAAGUUUCCUAAGUGGUCCUUCUUACAAGAUCACUACUUGUAUCCCAGAGAUCUUAGAAAAAUUGAUGCUACGGCCGUGGACGUAAUCCCUAGCAUUAUGGUCAAACCUACGUGUAUGCUAAUUAACCUGCUGCAUAUCAAGGCAAUGAUCCAAAAAGACUCCGUUUAUGUCUUUGACACCUCAAACUCAGAAGCCGCGAUGAAACUCGGUGUACUCAUGUAUGAUUUGGAGUCUAAGCUUGCCCCCGGGGCUGGCAGCCACCUGGCACAGCUAUACGAGCACCGUGCUCUAGAGAGCAUUUUAAUGAACGUUAUGACAUCUUUGGAAACAGAGUACAAAAUGCAUUAUUCUAUCUGUGGUAUUAUACUGGAUGACCUUGAGGAUGAGAUAAACAGAGACAAACUGCGAGACUUGUUGAUCAAGUCUAAAAACUUAUCUUCAUUCUACAAAAAAUCAUUGCUGAUACGUGAUGUUUUGGAUGAGCUACUAGAGAGCGACGAAGAUCUUGCUGGCAUGUAUCUCGGCAUUCAUAAAACCGAGCAUGACGACUUUGCUGAUUUAGAAAUGUUGUUGGAAACUUAUUACAAGCAGUGCGAUGAAUACGUACAGCAGGCAGAAACUUUGAUACAAAACAUCAAGUCUACUGAAGAAAUUGUGAACAUCAUACUUGAUGCGAAUCGCAAUGCACUUAUGCUCUUUGAGCUUAAAGUCACUAUCUAUACCUUGGGGUUUACAAUUGCAACACUGGUACCAGCCUUUUACGGUAUGAAUUUGAAAAAUUUUAUCGAAGAAAGCACUUGGGGAUUUGGAAGCAUUGUCGGAUUUUCAGUUCUUGCAGCUCUGGUAGUUACCUGGACAAACUUCAAAGCUUUGCGAUCAGUGAAGAGACUGACCAUGAUGAACAAUCAUUCUGGUCACAGCUCUGCCAAACACGUAGCAAAUGCAGGCGCUGCCAUAGAUUCAGAAGUACCAACUGCUAUGAAACGAUGGCGUAGUGCCCUGCGUACGUUUUGGAGGGGGAACAGCUACCCAGUCCGUAACAGCAAGCAAAGGGACAUGAUAUGGAAAUGGCUAGUGGAAGGCAAGAGGUAG